UCUUAUAUAUGUAUGUGUAAGCUCAAUAAUUUUCUUACAGAAACCCAAAAACAUGGCGCCUCCAAAAGAGAAGAAACAAAAGCUUAGCACAUCUGAAACCAUAAGUCCCUCUCUCUCAAAGAUGAAGAAGAAGAAGAACAAGAGGAAGAAGAGGGUGAGCAAAUCACUAAUAACCUCAAGUCCCUCUCACUCAGAGAAGGAUUUGGUAACCCUAAGUCCCCCUCCAAUCUCAAAGGUUAAUGGGGAGAAAGCAAUGAAGAAGCAAAACGAUGUGGCUAUGUUUCUUACGGAGAAAGUUAUCUCUGCCGUAGCUAAAAACUCAAACUUCGUCUUCUCUCCUGCAUCCAUCAACGCCGCUCUAACCAUGGUCGCUGCUAGCUCCAAAGAGGAAAAACUAACAUCGUCCAUCUUAUCCUUCCUUAGGUCCUAUUCAAUGGAUGAGCUCAAAGCUGUUUUCAGCGAGAUCGCUACCAUGGUCCUCGCCGACGGAAGCGCAAGCGGUGGCCCUAAAAUCUCGAACGUUAAUGGAGUGUGGAUGGAGCAGUCGCUGGGCGUUGAUCCCUCGUCGAAGGAUCUCUUUGAGAAUUUCUUCAAGGCUACUUGCGCUCUUGUUGAUUUCCGAUUCAAGGCUGAAGAAGUGCGCGAGGAGGUGAAUGCUUGGGCUUCAAGUCACACCAAUGGUCUCAUCAAAGUUAUUCUUCCUCCUGGAUCCGUUACAAGCGACACCGACUCUAUUUUUGGAAACGCACUCUACUUCAAAGGAACCUGGGAACAAAAAUUCACAAAGUCUUUGACAAGACACUUUGACUUUCACCUUCUCAAUGACAAAUCAGUCUCUGUGCCUUUCAUGACGAACCAUAAGAAGCAAUACGUUGAGCAGUACAGCGAUUUCAAGGUCCUUAAGCUGCCAUUUCGGCAAUCCGGUGACACGAAUCGCCAAUACUCAAUGUAUUUCUAUCUACCGGACGCCAAGGAUGGAUUGAAUAGUCUGGUCAAGAGGGUGGCAUCAUCAUCAUCUACUCUUGGAUUCUUGGAUAGUCACACUCCAAUAAAACAAGUUGAAGUUGGUGUGUUCAGAAUCCCAAAGUUUAAGAUAGAUUUUGGGUUUGAAGCUAAAAAGGCUUUCAAUGGAUUGAAUCUGGAUUUGCUUUCACUGAACCAUAAAGCUUUGGUUGAGAUCGAUGAAGAUGGUGCAGAGGCUGCGGCUGUUACUGUUAUAAGACGCUAUGGUGGUAGAGGCUUCAGGUGUGGUAAGAGGAUAGAUUUUGUGGCUGAUCAUCCAUUUCUUUUUAUGAUUAGAGAAGACAAAACUGGAACUGUUUUGUUCGUUGGUCAGAUCUUUGAUCCUUCUAAAUCUGCUUCUCCUUAGGACCGACAAGAUUAUGAUUUUUUUUUUCCAUUUGGGGCACUUGAUCGCCAGUAACAUUCUUUUGAUCUUUUCCUGUUUGACCCCUUUGAGAAAAAGAAGAAUUCAUAAUUCA